AUUGCAUGCUUUCAUUUGCAGAUAGGGCCAGUUGUGAUUGUAUGGAUUUUUGAGUGAAACCUUGAACCCAAAGGAGAAGAAACCUUCAAGGAACAACUUCUGUUGACAGUGAGUCUGCAGUCAUCUGUAUACAUAAUAUGGAAUGUUCUCAGGCCAGAGAUAGUUGAAUGGGUGACUCUGUUGACAAGGUGUGACUACCUGUUAUAGGCCCCAAGUCAAGACAACAAUUUUUAUACCUUCCUGGUGGUUCAGAAACAAGUCUCUGUAGAACCAGAAACAAAGAAAGGAAACAAUCUGACUUUUUCUUCAUUAAAUUGACUGUAUAAGAUACUUGACUUCCAGAAACAAAAACACAGAGAAGUAAUAAAAUUAUUAUUUUUGCAUCAUUGGACAUUCAUCAUAUUGAGGAGCGUGCUUUGUUAAGCUUCCCGAGUUGAGAUUUGGAAACUUCAUUGGUGCUCAUUUAUACCUUGGACUAUAAGCAUGAGUGAAUUCUGGUUGUGUUUCAACUGCUGUAUUGCAGAACAGCCUCAGCCUAAAAGGCGCCGGCGGAUUGACCGAAGUAUGAUUGGAGAGCCAACAAACUUUGUACAUACGGCUCAUGUAGGAUCCGGAGAUCUGUUCAGUGGGAUGAAUUCAGUUAGCUCCAUUCAGAACCAGAUGCAGUCCAAGGGAGGCUACGGGGGCGGAAUGUCUGCCAACGUGCAGAUGCAGCUCGUGGACACGAAGGCAGGAUAGCCCCGGAUCCCUUCUCCAGUCAUUGUGAAUUUCUGUGUUUUCUCUUUCCACUAUUCUUUAAUUUUUUUGCCGUGAUUGCUUUUCUUUUCUUUUCAAUUACAAAAGAGAAGUGUGAUGGCGUCUUGUUCACCCUGUUGUGAUUACUCCAGUGAGACGUUACUGUUCUGCUCCGAAGAAGCUAUUUUCAGACGAAUCCUGCAUUUCCUUCAGCUGGCAUGCAUGCCUUUGGACUCAUGGACAGAGCUCUUUGGAUUGUGGCUUAGUUUUCAAUUUUUAUCACUAUGGAUCUGAUCUUAGCAUGAUCUUUUUUGUGAAUGCUAGCACUAUUUUUUCCAUUUUAAACAUUUCUCUUUCCACCUCCCACCCUCUGCCUUAUGAUUUUAUUGGUAAGCAAAGACCUACUAUUAUGUUAAUUAGUCACCAUUUAUGUAUAUUUGGAAGGUAUGAGACCCACAAGCACAAUGAUCAUUUUUAUUCAUUUGAAGCUUCAGCAGAGUAGAUUUCUGCAUGCUAUAUGAAGUUGCUUCAUAUGGGAGCCCAUGGGAUGCCAGAAGUGAACAUUUCUUUGCUGCCAUGGGCUGAUGAUACUGCUGCUAUUAGAGAAGGGUUAGGUGUGGCACCAAGUCACGUCAGUUCUACAAAAAGGUAACUUGUAGCUUGUUUUAGAAGUAUGACUUUUUGGUCUAUUACAAUAAAAGAAAAGCUUGCAUUCAUAAGGCAUUCAUUCUGUUGUAAAUGUUCAGGAUAUUUAUUUUGAGAACAAGGACCUGUGAUUGUAAACAGGUAUGGUAUGUAUCUGAGUGUUGUGGUAGUACCCUCAUCCAGUCCAGUUCUGAGCAUCAUCAUCUUUGUAGCUGUUCAUUUCUUUGUGUACUCA